CUUUCCCACAUCCUUCGUCGUCGUCUCAAAGUUUAGUCUGCCAUACUACACACCCACUAGUUCUCUACACCCCCACUGGGCUCGAGCUCACCCUCCUCCUUGCUACUUACUCGACCUUGCCUUCAUUUAUCUAUGUACUCCAUCCUUUAACCCCCGUUUCCUCCCGUUCUUACCUGCAGCUCGUUUCUUCUUGUAUCCUCUGUUUCUUCAAGAGCAAGCAUUUUCGAACUUGACCCUGGCCUUGUCUGUACCUGAUCCUUCUUGUCGACUAACCAUCAUGGCUACAGCGCACAUGGCCGUCAGGACUGACACCUUUCCGCACUCUACCUCCCGCUCUCACAGUCACAGCCACCAGUCAAUGGGAGCUCGCAUUAUUCCCAUACCUACACCUACGAUCAAGAUGUCUCCUCCCAGCAACGGCGACCCGAUGGAGAUAACGUCACCUGCGCCAUCUUCUAACGGUAACCACAACUCCGACUCCGAAGCCAAUGGCAACGGCCAAUCCAACGAUCGACCCAAGAACUCUCCCGCGCCCGAUAGCAACACCGUUACGAGCAACAGUGUCAACAACUCUAACAGCAUGCCCGCGCCGCCGCCAGCAGCAGCUGCUGUCCACCAGCCCAAGAUCGUGCAGACGGCUUUUAUCCACAAGCUCUACAAUAUGCUGGAAGACCCCAAUAUCCAACACUUGAUUUCCUGGUCUGCGAGCGCUGAAAGCUUUGUUAUGUCGCCCUCGGCCGAUUUUUCAAAAGUUCUAUCGCAAUACUUCAAGCACACCAACAUAUCAUCGUUUGUCAGACAGCUAAACAUGUACGGUUUCCAUAAGGAGCGCGACGUUUUCCAUACAGGAAACCCCGAUACGACUCUGUGGGAAUUCAAGCACGGCAAUGGCAACUUCAAGCGCGGUGAUCUAGUCGGCCUACGUGAGAUCAAGCGUCGAGCCAGUAGGCAUGCACUUGUGCACCGCGAGAGCAAUUAUACAAAGCCUGUGACAUCGCAACCGGGCACUCCGGCUGAGCCAGUUCCUCUUCCGCCAGACAGUGCUGACGCCCGAUUGCUCAACAUUGAGCACACGCUCUUUGAUUUGAGUAACCGACUGCAAAGGAGUGAAGAGAACGCUCACUAUAUGCACGUCAAGAACCAGGCGGCUAUGGAGACCAUGAACCGCCUUCUCCAUUUUAAUCAAGAGCUCUCUAGAACUAUGUUAUCCAUUGUUCCUGCUGAGAGCCCAAUUUCCCGUGAUGUGAUUGCCUUGCAGGGUGAGAUCCAAAGGCAAGUUGAUGUGCUCAGAACGAUCGAAGAGCCACCACAGGAGCCUCCGUAUACUGGUCGUCAACAGUACUUCGCUGGCGUCGAGAAUGCUCCGGUGUCUCCGAGACAGCUCGCCCAAGAUGAUCAGAGACGAGGUCCUACUCUGAAUGUCCCUUCGGCACGUAGUCAGAACUUUUACAAGCCGCCAGUCCCCUCGAACCUGUCAGCCGGCACACGGAGGCAAUAUGGCUCGAUUAGCGGUGGCAGCACUACUCAAUCAUCCCCGUUGCGCACAGCUCCUCCACCUCCACCCCCCGCACCCCAUCCUCUAUCCAACGUCGAGACUGUUCCUGGUCCUGGUAGCUUAGCACGCCGUCACACUGCUGCCGACAUCCGCGCCCACGGUUGGCAACCGACACCUUCUCCUUUUGCUUCUGGCGCACCAUCAGGUGCCUGGCCCCCUUCGCCUAGCCGAGCCGCCCCCGAGGAGCAGCGAAUUCGGGAUUCUUUGUCAACAUAUUCACUACAAAAUGCAUCUCAAGCGCACCCCCAUUCGCGCCCGACUACUCCUCCUCCCCCGUUUGUGAACGGCCUUGGUGGAGGCUCGGACACUUUUGGAGGAUGGUCAUGGGGCUCUGCUGGUCGUGAGAACAAGAAUCUUUCAGUGAAGGACCACUCGGCCCCCACAACUCGACGUGGAAGCAUGGCUCAUAUUCUCAACCCGAGUGAUACUGCAGAGAGGUCAGACGAAGACGAGGAUCCUCGAGGAGACGACGACAGAAAGAGAAAGCGAAUGCAGUAAAAUAUACCAAACGAAUAUGAAAACACAGCAUAAUUACAUUGCCUGAUCUGGGCACACCCUUUUUUCUUAAAUCUCAACUGGAUACAACAGCUUUCUUUAACAGAGGCGCAUCACGUACAUACUACACAUUUCAUACUUGGAUAUUCAUUUCGCAGACAUCACAUCAGGCCACGCACACAUUCGCACUUUUAUGGCGAAGGCAGCCUGCUUUGGAGUAUAGGACAUGGGAUGGGCUAGAGGACGGUCACGGGAGGCUUUCUUCACCAGCGCGACGCAUUGCAAUACCAUGGCAGGCAUUCUGUUUGACCCCUUGGACUUUCUUCUUCGCUCUCGUUAACACAGAGUGGGUUCAUUUUGGUACAUUGAGAGAUAGUUAUUGUGUUCUUGGGAGGAGUUGCAUGAUUGGUGCUGGAUUAUACCAUCGGAAGGCUGUUAUCAUGGGAUAGGAUAUUUGAAUCUUAAUGACCACCGUUGAUAUAGCACCGUAUUGCGAUUGUGAGACAGUGUGAAGUUGAGUCGAGGUAAUCGUUCUUUUAACCAGACCAAUGUAUUGUGCCGACUGUGAAAGUAAUGGCUAAAACACGAUUCAGUGCCAGUCAAGGGUCGCGUUUGGGUAUCUUGUUAUUGAUGGUAAAUCUUCUUAUGCCUCUGCCCCUGUCUCUGCAUUCUCAGUCUUUGGCUUCCUCUUCUUGUUCUUCCUCCUACGCUUCUUGUCUGUCGUCUUCUCAGGAAUCGCACUCUCUUCCUUGGCGACAUCGUCCUUCAUUUCAUCAUCUGCUUCAACCUCGGCUGCAUCCCCGUCUUUCUCCUUGAUCUCAGCCAUCUCUGUAGGUAAUACUUGGUUCUCGGACAUGUAUCCAGACUCUGGCUCAGUCACAGGUUCGACAACCUCUUUGCGCGGCCUCUUUCUCUUUCCCAGGGCACUCCUCCCCAUCUCUUCUUCACUCUCGCUCUCCUCCACC